CUCUCUUUCUUUUCUCUACCUCCGCAAGCCCCCUUUCACAGGCCACCCUCCCCAAUCUGUUGGACGCAUCUCCCUCUCAUCUCAGGCCCCGGACAACCGCGCCAACAACCUGCCGCACGCCGUCGACUUCACAGUGCCGCCGGGCCACUCCACCGCGGCUCCGCAGUGAUCCUACCGCAAUAACGUCACCUAGCCGUCCAGACGCACUGCAGCACCCCACAUUGUAGAGUCCGCUGCACCUCACGCCCAGCUGCUCCUCACCGCUCCGUUUUUGCACUGCCUCGUCACCAAACCCAGCCAGCCAUCGCCCUAAGUUUGAAUGGAAACUGAAGAAGGUAUGUUGAAUUGGGAAUCAGAGAAAAUUUACCAAAUGUAUAAGGAUUUCUUGGCCAGGGUUACAAAGUUUGAGGAAUUGGUGGCUGUAGGAGACAGGUUUCUUAUUGGUUUCCAGCAAGGGCUGGAGUAUCUUCGGCAGUAUCCUAUUGACCGAAAAUCUGAAUUGGUUGGGAAAAUUUUUGAAAUCAAUGAGACAAAGAGGCUCAGAUCUUACUUUGAAGCUAGAUGUAUCAAUAUCGAUGAUGGUGUGCAUACUAUUUGCAAGUUGCAUACAUGCCAUCUUGGACUUCGUGAUCACUUAAGUAAAGCGAAAAACAUACUUAGUGGACUUGAAUGCCUCUUGGAAGAAGUAACUGAAGCAGUGCAUAAUGUGAAUGGUACUUUAUCACCCUUUGGAUAUGAAGAUUUCAGUGAUGGGUUGAAUGGACAAGCAAGUUGUAAUAAGGAGGAAGUGGCAUCAUCUCGACUUCGAAGACCUGAAGUAACUGACUUUGCUGCACUGAUGGGGAUCAUUUACAGUAUGGUUAAACACGACUAUAUAAUGCAGGAAAAAAUUGUUUCUGCACUAAACUUAAAAUCAUCGUCAGGAGAAUUAGAGAGCUACUGCCUAAUGUGGUCUUUGCGGCCCUUUAUAGACGAUGAAAUUAUGCAUCAGGCUUGGAAACUUAUUCCUUGACCAUCACAGAUUUCUGAGUUUUGAGUCCUGAUUGUACCUUUUUGAAAGAUUUGUAUUCUCGUAGCUGAAUUUAUUUCACAAAAUCAUAGUUUUGCUUUUUGUGGUGGUGUUAUAAACAUAUAUAUAUAUAUAUGUUAUAAACGUGUAUAUAUGUGUAUUUUUUGUUUGAGCAAAAUCCUUAUUUCGAGUCUCUUAUAAAAGAUCUUUUAUUCUAAA